ACAUCAACAACACUCUUCCUCAGUUCCUGACUCACAGUCACGAAAGUAUCUAGUCAAGUUGAACGUUGAUCGAUUUCUUUUCACUUUUGACAGAUUGAAAGAAGAACUAUAAAGAUGCCUUUGGAAUGGUUAUUUGGUCGUAAAAAGACCCCAGAGGAGAUGCUGAGACAGAAUCAGCGGGCAUUAAAUAAAGCCAUGAGAGAGCUUGAUAGAGAAAGGUCAAAGAUGGAACAACAAGAAAAGAAAGUCAUUGCAGAUAUUAAAAAAAUGGCUAAAGCUGGACAGAUGGAUGCUGUAAAGAUUAUGGCAAAAGACUUGGUCAGGACAAGACGGUAUGUGAAGAAAUUCAUACUGAUGAAAGCUAAUAUUCAAGCUGUGGCACUUAAGAUACAGACAUUGAAGUCCAACAAUGCCAUGGCACAGGCGAUGAAGGGGGUUACAAAAGCAAUGGCGACCAUGAACAAACAGAUGAAUUUGCCCCAGAUUCAGAAAAUAAUGAUGGAAUUUGAGAAGCAGUCAGAAAUGAUGGACAUGAAAGAAGAAAUGAUGAAUGAUGCUAUUGAUGAUGCUAUGGGCGAUGAAGAUGAUGAGGAGGAGUCAGAUGCUGUGGUAGCACAGGUGUUAGAUGAGUUAGGACUACAACUCACUGACCAGCUAUCAGAUUUACCAUCAACUGGUAAGUCCAUAGGUGCAACAACUCCAGCCAACAAACAGCCAGCAGCUGCUGCAGGAGUGAGUGAUGCUGAUGCUGACCUAGAGGCUAGACUAGAGAACCUUCGGAGGCAGUAACGGAAUUAGUGAGCAAGACACUUCAACAUAGACUGUAACAGGAAACAUGAAUGGUUGUGUGCAAGUUUGUGUAAGGAGAAGGGCAUAGACAAAACCAGAUGUAGCUCAGAAGUUGAACUGGAACAAUUUUGUUAACUACAGAGUGAUUUUGAUUAACAAGAAAUAUGUAGUAUUUAUCACAUCUUAACUACAUGAUGACCCAAAGGAGCUUUGUAUGGGUCGGUGAGUUUGUGAUGUAUAGAUUUGAUUGAUGGAGCUCUCCUCUUCCUGAUAAAGACAAGAAAACGACAGUCUGAAGGGUGAUUUUUUUGUCAGAAAUCUCCACCUAGUGACACUAUCCAAAAGACAAGGAUUUAUUUUGUCUGUACUUCACAUGGAUAAUUCUCCUGUGACAAUUGUCAGCUGAUUAUAUACUUUCUAUUACAGUAUAUUUCUUGGUGUAUUAUUGACUGGCAAGUAUCCAGUGGUGUUAUAAACUAAAUUUGAUAACCUUUCUUUGAUGAGCAUGUGGAUUACAAAUAGAUUUUUCAACUGAUGUGAGGAUAUGACAUAAAAAAUGAUCUAAGGGCUGAUUGUCUUACAAAAUCCUUGCUUUAAAUGGAGUGAUAGACAUACAAAGAUCUCAUCACUAGGGUUAAUAUUUCUUUGCCUUACCUUUGAUAAUAGGGAAUAUCACAUCCGAUCAAUCAUAUGUUUUAAACCCAUGGAUAUUGUCAUUUGUAAUCUGCAAUCUAGUGAAAAAUUAUACUCUCAGGGUGAGAGAAAUGGUAACCACAUGGACAACAGAAAUCAUUCUUUUAGAGGUGGCAGAAAUCAUAUCCUCAGUGGUGGCACCAAUCUUAGCCUCAGGGGUGGCACAAAUCUUAGCAUCUAGGGUGGCACCAAUCUUAGUCAAAGGGGUGGCACAAAUCUUAGUCAAAGGGGUGGCACAAAUCUUAGCCUCAGAGCUGAUUAUAAUCAUACUCUUGUGUGUAACAUGUAAAGGAUAUCUCUGUGUGAAAAGGAAAUCAUUUUAUUGUGAAUGGUGGAGUUUCACAUUCUGAGGGGACGAAAAAGUGUUUCCUAAUUCAGACGAGAAAACAUUUUUUCAUGACUGAUGGGAUAAUUUAUAGUUUUGUGCUUUGUCGUUGCAUUGUAUUAGUUCUGCUCAGAGUGUUUUUAUUUAAUGGAAUAUAAUACUGUCGUAAAUUUGAUGAUUUGUAAAUAAUGUAUACAUGUACAUAGUAUAUAUUCAAUUACACAUACCAUAUUUUACAGAAGUUAAUAAACAAUUGAAUCAUAUUUACAAAUUUGAUUGUAUUGUAUAUGUUUAUACUUAUUAGUGUUGAAGAUUGGUAAUUAGGUUGAAACAAGAAAUUUGCCCAAGUUUCCUUUGUAAUACAUGUUGUUACCAAUACAUUUUAAGCAAGUGACAAUAUCAUAUCUGAAAAAAAGAUUCUAAAUAAAGGGGAAGUUUUAAAAAAAAACUUAUCUGUACUAUUGUCUUUCGGAGUAUUUCUGAGAUAAAUUGCCAAUUCCUUGUUAUUUUAAGAUUUAAAAAAAAAACAACAUGCAUUAAGUGAGGAAUAAUAUUGCCUCUGUCUUCAAUUGUUGAAAAGAUUAAAUAUUUGAAAUUUUGAAUAAAAAACAGUGAAAUCUGAUGAGGAUAACAAAAGUAUGCUAGUUCGUUAUCGCAUUGAAGAUGCAGAAUAGUAAGAACCUGUAUAGUCUCCUUGAGAAAAUAACAAAAGUUCUGAAUCAACAGCAAAUGUACAAAACGUUAUAGGCAAUGAACACUGAAAAAAGGGACACUGGAAUCAUUGUGUACACUGAAGUAGUCAUUACAACAGGGGUAAAUAUACUAGAAUUAUCAUUAUCUAUACUGAAUUAAUCUUUACUACACACAGAAACAUGGUUAGGAUUUUGGUAGGGUAUGGUAUGAUCACUAGACAAUAUCAGACAUGUAUUUUAACCUGAUAUGAGACAUAUAAUGCAUUAAUAGUAGAAAAUUCCUCUUCAGACUGUAGAGAAGAUAUUAACGUGCUGUAGAGAAGAUAUUAACGUGCUGUAGAGAAGAUAUUAACGUGCUGUAGAGAAGAUAUUAACGUGCUUCAGCUGCUGAUUUUGUUCUGCUUUCGUAAUGAAAAUUUCUGCAAAUGAAAAGAUAACUGCUGUUCUACUUUAUUUUAAGAACAUGUCAUCUCAGUUUUGUAUCUUGGGGUAUUUAAUGUGAGUUAGGAUUCUGUUCGAUAUUAUUGCAAUGGCUUUCAACCAGCAUCUUUUUAUUCUGUAAAUAUACUCAAAUUGUUAUUGUGUAACCAUUGCGGCUUUCCUCAACUGACAACAAACAAUCAAGAUAUCUUUUUCUGCUUGUUUUCAUAAAAAGAAGGAUAUUAUUGAGAUAGAAAUAUAUUGAUAUUGUUUAUGAGAAAUGAUUAUGGUACAUCAUUACAUGGUAAAUGUAUAUUUUAUAAAAUUUCAGAAAAUUCCAGAUCUUUGUGAAAUUCUAUUCAUUCUACUUGUACCACUUAUUUUAAAUAAUGAGCAUGACAAGAUUACACUGGUAUGUUUUUGAACAGACAGGGGUAGUUCUGUAACUGUUGAAUUUCCCUCAAAUAUAGCAUAAACCAAAUUUCAAAAUUUAUUUUCCAUGCAAAAUUGUGGAGGUAUCAAUUUCAUCACAUCAAAUAUUUUUAGUACAAGGUUAUUUUUACCAAAUAAAACGGUAAAUGAUACUAACUUUGCUGUAAUUUUCCUGGGGAAAAAGAUGUACAAGGCACAUUGAAAUUUGAUUUUGCAAAAUAAUCAAAUGAUGAUGCCAUUACUACACAAUGUCAAAGAAUAAUGUUACUGUUUCCGUUGGUUUUUUUUUUUUUAUACUUUUUUAUUCUUUCCCCCGUUUAAAAUGUACAUUUGAAAAAUUCUGUCAUAAUUUAAAAACCAGGUACGUUCACUUCAGAAGUAAACCAUCAGAUAUCUAUAUAUUUUAUACUUCCUUAGUAUUAUAAUGAUUUAGUGUAACACAAUAAUGGAAAGUUUCUUAGUUUUUAAAAAAGUAGUAAUGAAUGAUUUAACUGAUUAAUGAUUGUAUAAAUUAACAUAAAUGGAUAAAUGCCUAUUAAGUAAUUGUAACAGACUCAAUAUUAAAAUUAUGAAUGUCUA